AUGUUAAGUUGAGUAGAAUCCAUUUGAUAUGUGGUUCCUGUAACUGGUUUAUGGUUGCUACCUUUUAUUUGUUAAGAGUAGAAUUUCUAGAUUUAUAUUUGCAACAAUUUAAUUGUGUUCGUAAUGGAAUGGUAUCAGAAUUACUAUCUCGUCACCCAUUAUCUGCUUUUAGCAAUGGGUUGGGUUUUGAUUUAUCUGAUAGUUCUAUUUCUAGAGAAUUCUGACUUCAUUUUUGUUUGGUUUGAUCAGGACAGAUUUUUGGCAUAUACUCCAGAACAACACCCUAUAGUGCUUCAGAUUGGGGGAAGUAAUCUGGAUAACCUAGCUAAAGCAACGCAACUUGCUAAUGCUUAUGGCUAUGAUGAAAUUAAUUUCAAUUGUGGAUGCCCUAGCCCAAAGGUAGCUGGACAUGGGUGUUUUGGUGUACGGCUUAUGCUUGAUCCAAAGUUUACUGCUGAUGCAAUGUCAGUCAUUGCCGUCAACACAGACAUUCCUGUCAGUGUUAAAUGUCGUAUUGGUGUUGAUGACCACGAUUCAUAUAAUGAGCUCUGUGAUUUCAUUUAUACGGUCUCUUCUCAGUCACCAACUAGGCAUUUCAUUAUACACUCCCGAAAGGCAUUGCUGAAUGGAAUUAGCCCUGCCGACAAUCGAAAAAUUCCUCCCUUAAAAUAUGAGUACUACUUCGCCCUCUUGCGUGACUUCCCCUACUUAAGGUUUACAAUUAAUGGAGGCAUAAAGACAGUUAAUGAGGUCAAUGCAGCACGAAGGGAAGGAGCUCAUGGGGUAAUGGUGGGACGUGAAGCCUACAACAGCCCAUGGUACACUUUGGGACAUGUUGAUACUGAAGUAUAUGGUACAUCUUGCAGUGGUCUUUCCCGCCGUCAGGUCCUUGCACAGUACCAAAUAUAUGGUGAUUCAGUCCUGGGAAAAUAUGGACACAAACCAAAAGUUCGGGAUGUGGUUAAGCCUUUGCUUGGUCUUUUUCAUUCAGAGCCUGGAAAUGGUCUGUGGAAGCGCAAAGCUGAUGCUGCUUUCCGAAACAGCACGACGGUCAAAUCUUUUCUCGAGGAGACACUGGUGGCCAUCCCAGACUCUGUUUUGGAUUCACCAGUUACCGAUGCACCUUCUGGUUGUACAGAAAUGUUUGCUAAUUCGAAGGAUUUGUUACCUCCUCCAUAUCCGGCGAGAGAACAAGAGGUAUUGUGUGCUUAG